ACGGGCGGCGUUGCCGGCUCAGUCGCUGUGCGGGAGUGGUCGUCGAGGGAUGUGUGGCAUCGUAACCGAGAGUGUGACCGAGGAAUAAAGAGCCGGCGUUUAGUUUUCGCUCGCGUUCUCCACGUUCUCUCGCACGUCCGUCUCGCGCGCGCGCGUUAUUCCCUCCGGUAAGAACUCAAAGGAGACAGAGAGGGAAAGAGGAGGAGGAGGAAAAAAAAAACACGAACGGGAUAAUACCAGCCGCGGUGUAGUAACCCGAGUCGCCGUUGUCGUUGUCGCAGCGGCACACGCAGGUUCUUUCUCGUUUUGCCCGCCCCUCUCCCCGCGGUCUCGUCGUCCGUCGCGCCGGUUCACGGUUCCGCGUACGGAUCGUGUGUAUUUACGUCACUAUUUAUUGUACAAAGGACUUUAAGCUAAGCCGACACAAUGUCCGUGGAUAAGGAGGAAUUGGUGCAGCGCGCAAAGCUUGCCGAACAGGCCGAGAGGUACGACGACAUGGCGUCCGCGAUGAAGGCGGUCACCGAGACGGGGGUCGAACUGUCGAACGAGGAGAGGAAUCUGCUCUCGGUCGCCUACAAGAACGUCGUGGGGGCGAGACGUAGUUCGUGGCGGGUAAUCUCCUCCAUCGAGCAGAAGACCGAGGGCUCCGAGCGCAAACAGCAGAUGGCCAAGGAAUACCGGGAAAAGGUCGAGAAGGAAUUACGCGAGAUCUGCUACGACGUGUUGGGUCUCUUGGAUAAGUACCUGAUCCCCAAGGCUAGCAGUGCCGAGAGCAAAGUAUUCUACCUCAAGAUGAAGGGUGACUACUACAGGUAUCUCGCAGAAGUCGCCACCGGUGAAACCAGAAAUACGGUAGUCGAGGAUUCGCAGAAGGCGUACCAGGAGGCGUUUGACAUUGCGAAGGCGAAAAUGCAGCCUACGCACCCGAUCAGGCUCGGCCUUGCCCUCAACUUCUCCGUUUUUUAUUACGAAAUUAUAAAUUCCCCGGCUAGGGCCUGUCAUCUGGCCAAGCAGGCGUUCGACGAUGCGAUCGCGGAGCUGGACACACUUAAUGAAGACAGCUACAAAGAUUCCACGCUGAUCAUGCAGCUGUUGCGCGACAACCUCACUCUGUGGACCAGUGACACACAGGGCGACGGGGACGAGCCACAGGAGACCGGCGACAACUAACCUUCCUAAGCUUAAGUCCUUUCUAAACCUAAUAAGAACAUCCUAUUCUCUAUCGUCCCCCCGUCCCCCUGAAGUGCUCACCCAUGUCCAUCCACCCGAUCCAUCCAUCCAUCCGCCUGUCCUCUCGUCCCUCACGUACCUCGUUUCCUUCUGCCUUCCUUCCUAUCGCAGUCACCUCUUCUCUUGAAAUCUUUUCACGUGAAAAACUGAUCCUUCUCCACUUUUCUCUCUCUCUCUCUCUCUCUCUCUCUCUCUCUCUCUAUCUCUCUCUCUCUGUUUCUCUCUAUCCUGACACGACCGCACACUGCUGCCGAUGCCACCGCCACAAGCUGCUACGCUCGGUUCGAGAAACUCGAACGUUGAGAACCUCCGAAAAACCCAUCCACGCUCGACCGUGUCCGUUUUGCGGAUGAUGACCGGUGUUGCUUUGCGGAGAAAGAAAUUUCUCCAAGAUCUCGAACCUGGACGCGUGCAGAGAAACAUUCACGAGAGAGGAGAAGAGAGAAAGAGAGAGAGAGAGAGAGAGAGAGAGAGAGAGAGAGGGAGGGAGGGAGAGGGAGAGAGCUCUCCUGUAUUUCGCCGUCACGUAGGAAUUGGAUCAUAUUACUCUCCCUGUUUAUUCAGAGUAGACGGGGGGUGGGCUAAAAGAAAUACGCGUUCGACAUUCGCAUUGCGCGCGACAGGAGAAUCAUAAAAUAAUGCAACGACGGGUUAUCAAGACGAGACCGGCACGGUCGAGCCGUGUGGAUCAAUUCGGUCUCUCUGGCACACUUCGAAGUAUCUCAGCAAAAGAAUAAACAAUCCGUAUUGACCCAUUUGUACGGAGGAACAGGAAGGAGCGAAUUGUGGAUGAACAGAGGAAAGGACAGGAGGAGAUACACACAACAAUCCUCCCCCGCAUACCUUGUCUCGUCGAUGCGAUAUUGUCGCGCGCGACGUUGUCGGAGGCGGCCGCGUGAAAGCGCGGCACGUAUCUCGGGUGACGAUCAUCGGUAAUAAACGCACAUUGCAAGAGAAAAAAAAAUUAAAAGAAAUAACGCAAGCAAGCUAGGUUAUAUUAUUCGGCUUCGCGAGUAGAAAACAAAAAAAAGAGACUUAUUAUACACUACAUGAAGGGUGGAAAAUCUCACGUUUGGGACGAGACACGGAAUGCAGAGGACGUUACAAAAAAAGGCCCACUGUCAUUACUCCCAGAAUCUGCUCGCUGCUUACCAUCUUAUAAAAAAAAAAAAAAGAGUAAUAAGGCUAGAACGAAGAGGAAAAAAAUAAUGAGAAGGAAGCUACAGACGAAAAGAGAGAUUGGCGCGAUGGUUUCGAGAAGAAGCGAAAAGAAUGAGAAAAUUGAAAGAGAAAAGAAAAGCACGCAUGAAUCUACAUUAUACCCAGUUGUCAUUUAAAUUAAAUUUCACAUUGUCUAGUAAGUACGAAUAUUAUUAUACGAAGGGAAGAACGUAGGAGGAGAAAGGAGAGUAAAAAAAAACAAAUACAUUAAGUUAUUAAGUUCCAAAACGACAUCAGUGGUCACUUGAUUUUUACACUCUCGCUGUUCGUUUUCUCUGUUCUUUCUUUUGCCUCUUUUUUUACCCUUUUUUUUACUUUUUCUUUUUUCUCCGACACGCCUCCAGCGACACCACCACCACCACAACCACCAUCACUACUUCCACUACCAUCACCAACAUCAUAUCUCGCGCAUACACAUGCAGUCCGACCAAACAUCUCUUCCCGAACGGACUCCUUCCUUCCUUCUUCCGCCGCGACCGAAGAAAAGACUUUGCGAUUGUCUCGCUCUCGCUGCUAGAUGAAUUCCGCCGAGUUGCGUGGCGACGGUCGAGGAAGGUUAAUUGGUGUCCUGGUCUCUCCCUCUCUAUGUUACGAUACGACCUGUAAUUUAGAUAGGGAAGCGAAAAUCGAAAAUCGUACAGGACAUCGAGGGGCGGCGAACGGGCGUUCAUUUUUCUACUAGUGCACACGUGCGUCAUCAAGUAGCCUGCUAAGAAUUACUCAUUAUUUGUAAUCGUAACGCAGAGCAAUGCAUCGCGAUUAACUCGCCGCUCUGCUCGUUGUCGUCGAAGCUGUCUCUACAUGUACGACGUCGUCAUUCACCCACCAAGUUCCUCAUGUGCUGCUCGUGGAACAUUGAAUGCGGGAAAAGGAAGACGGGGAUAACGCGACGUUUCGUUUCCUUAUCUGGUCGAGCGCAGAAAUUACACACACACACACACACACACACACACACAUUAUAUCACACCGACACCACGAGGUUACGCGAGGUUGUUGCGUAAGUCUGAAAUUCUCGACGUCCGAACUUCCUCUCGCACCCUCUACUCGACCGCGCUCCUCGUCUCUCCCUUUUUCUCUCUUUCUCUCUCCCCCUCUCUCUCUGCUAUAUUAUACGCGAUAUAAUAUAUAUACAUAUAUAAUACGUCACACAUAUAAAUAUAUAUCUACCACUUACUCUUAGUGAACUCGCAUAUCGCGGUCGAGAAGAACGGAGAGAGAGAGAGCAAAUUGUACGCACACAUUACCACACGUAUCUAGACGUAUAGUCGCGUACUUGCGUUCGUCCUGCGAUGUUCAUUUGUAAGGAUUCGCGAAAUGGAAAUUGCGUGUUAUUAAUUAACGAUAAUGUCGCUUCCCUAGACAUGGCGUCGUGUAAACUAGAGUACCGAGGACUGAUCAUUGGUAAGAAUCCACAUUCUCCUAGACCCGAUCGAGGUACACGCACGUCGGACGAAGUCUCGGCACAAAAGGGAACUUUGGUCAGACGCGGCGCGCUCGUGCGUGCGUCACUGGCGGUCUGUCUGCGAACAAAAUAAUCGGCUCACUUAUCCACCGCCGCCGCCGAGUCGCGUCCUCACGUCGCAGAUGUGAAUCAGCUGGCGUGAAAUUUCGUCCGACCUGUGCGUCGCAGUUCGUGCGCGAAGCGCGACACGCGAGCUGCACUGCGAUCAUUGGCCCAACACGCGUCCCCAUCAGUAUUUUAUUCCAUGUUGAAUGAAAGCCGCAGAGACUCGAAACGGGAGGUCCAAGACUCAUCCGAGCAGAACUCUUUGUCGCAUUUCGCCGGGCAACGUGAAGAAAGGCUUCUAGAAAGAACAUAUUCGAAAAAUGAUAUGAGCAUACGGGGAGCUGUGAAUGUCUCCCCUCUCUUCUCGUAUAUAUAUGUAUAACUAAGUAUAUGUAUAUACGCGCACAUGCUCCGAUUACUGCAUAUACACGCACACAUGCAUACACACACACACACACACACACACACACACAUACACAUGCGCGCAUAAUAUAAUAUCGCUAACGGGAGACAGACAAGUUUAAGCAGCAGGUUAGUCGCUAAUUACACGUGAAUGGGUAAACGUUUUCCUGUUGUCGUGUUAAUAUUUCUCGAUGUAUAAUCGGUAGUUAUUGUCGCAACAAGCACACGAAACUGUCCGGAAAGUCGCCCCGUCGCCGCUGUCGCGGAAUCGGGAAAAGGGAGAGAGAAAUGCGUUUGCACGAGUGCUGACACAUCGUUCCGCACGUCGGAUAUUAGGAGCGAAGGAGCGAAUGAGAUGAAAGAAAAACACGGGAGUGAGACAAACGCAGAGUCGGGAGAGACGAUGGUGGAGCAGCGAAAACGUCCGGACGGCGACUCCUAAACGACAAUUCCCUUAGAACGCAAGCGAGAGAAUGUAACGUGUAACGUGUAAUCGAAGCUUCGUUCUACAACUCGUCGCCGAUACAUUCGUUUCCGUUUGCUUGACCGCAACGAUCGUAGAAUGCAGGACGUAGAGAGAAAGAGAGAAAGAGGGAGAGAGACAAAGAAAACGAGCAAGCCGUCUGCUCCGCGUACUGGCACGUCUACGUCCUGUGUUUCGCGUCUGUAGAAGACGAGGCCUCGGGCUCGGGACGAGAUGAGGUGCGAAAGAAUAAGAUAUGAGCGACAAGAAAUUUGUAACAUUCAUCGAAGCGCGCGAUGAGGAAACGCGAAUAUGCGAUUUAGCGAGAAAGACCCGAGCGAAGCGUCGAAGCAACGAAGAUAAGACGAAAAUGAGACUUUCGCUCAACUUCAAUCAAGCUAAUCGACGAUUAACUCAGUCGACGGAACCAAUGUGGUAAAUAAAAUGCAGCUUGCUGUUAAAAGGUGUAAGAAAGAUCUUGUUCUUUCUUCAGAACUGGGAUUUAAAACUGCUACCAGAGACAAAUAUUGUUUCAUUUUAGUUGAAAUACGCAGUUCAUACACACACACACACACACACAAUGUCAAUAUGUCUCGAUUGUCGUUU